AUGACACUUGUUGAUAUCAACAGCUCUAAUAGUAUAAUGAAACCAUUCCUCCUCUUUCUUGUUCUUCUAGUUCUUUCAAGGAUUGAAACAAAUGAAGCUAUAAGAACUCUUGAUGACACUAAUCGUCUUCUAUUACCAUCUCUGCAAACCCGUCCUCCAGUUAAGACUCCAUCAACCAAUCCAGGAACCGGUGCCAGUGUCAAUAUGGCAACCACAAUCACUGAAAGGAACUUUGUUGGUCGUAAAGAAGCUACAAAAACUCUGGAUGAAACUAGUCAUCUUCUAUUACCAUCUUUUCAAACUCAUCCUCCCAUUAAGACUCCAUCACCCAAUCCAGGAACCGGGGCCAGUGUCAAUACGGCAAGCAGAAUCACCGAAAGGAACUUUGUUGGUCGUAAAGCAGCUGCAAGAACUCUUGAUGAAAGUAGCUAUAUUCUAUUACCAUCUUUGCAAACCCGUCCCCCAAUUAAGACUCCAUCUCCCAAUCCAAAAACUGGUGCCAGUAUCAAUAUGGCAACCACAAUCACUGAAAGGAACUUUGUUGGUCGUAAAGAAGCUACAAGAACUAUUGAUGAAAAUAAUAAUCUUCUAUUACCAUCUCUGAAAACUCGUCCCCCAGUUAAGACUCCAUCACCCAAUCCAAAAACGGGUGCAAGUGUUAAUAUGGCAACAAGAAUCUCUGAAAGGAACUUUGUUGGUCGUAAAGAAGCUACAACAACUCUUGAUGAAAUUGGUCAUCUCCUAUUACCAUCUUUGCAUACCCGUCCACCAGUUAAGACUCCAUCACCCAAUCCGAAAACCAAUGCUAGUGUCAAUAUGGCAGCCCAAGUCACUGAAAGGUACUUUGUUGGUCGUAUAGAAGCUACAAGAACUUUUGAUAAAACAAGUCAUCUUCUAUUAACAUCUUUGCAAACUCGUCCCCCAGUUAAGACUCCAUCACCCAAUCCCGGAACUCCAUCACUCAAUCCCGGAACUGGUGGUCAAUAUGACAACCAGAGUCGCUGA